AUGUCGGUGCAACGGGAUGAGAGUGCACAGAAGGAGGGGCGAGAGUUUUACAGAGGCACAGCGGCAGUCGAAGAUUCGUGGCAUGUGUCUGUGGGAGGUGAUGUAGAAGCAUCGGUGGAUGGCGUAGGAGGGACGUGUGGCACAACAGCGGUGAGUGGGGAGUCCAACUCAUACCAAUUUGUCGGAAACCCAUAUCCAGAUGGUAUAGUGAAAAUUAUGGUGCAGUUGUACCGUGCCACUUAUCGGACUACGGGGGAACUCUGGGUGGGCACGUGUGUAGGUAAUGGCAGUAAGGAGGUUAAGACUGGGGGCGACAGCUAA